UGCUAGCGUCGCGGGCAUCAGGGGCAGCCGCCAUGGGGACGCCUUACAACAACCCCACUGAAUUUCCCGAAGGCAGUUGCCAGACCAUCGCAUCUACCGUCCUCGUCGAGAAACAGGUCGUCGACGACAAUGGACACGUCAUCAGGCGAUGCGAAAGCGAAUUGCCAGUGAGCAAAUGUGAGGGAGCGUGUUACUCACAGUCGCAGCCAAGUCUGCGAUAUCCUUCAUUGUAUAAGAAG